UCGCUCGCACGACCGCUCGUAUAGCUGCAGUGCUAACGGGCUUUAAUGCUCGACCCCGUGGUUACGCUUGACUUGAUAGUUUUUCCAACAAGUUUGAUAGCCGCACGCACCAGAGAGAGAGAGAGACAGAGAGAGAAGAAUAGAAAUAAGUCCAAGAAAAUUUCCAUUCUUUGGAUUAAAUGUAGUGGUGGCAGCGUCUGAUCGUAGAAGACAGAAAAAUACAGCUGCUCAAGCGAGCACACGACAAGCUGCUAGGGACAUUUCGGUAGCUAGCAGCGCGUUCGAACGAAGGCUGAGAAACGACGAGAGAAAAACAGCUGAUGCUGGGCAACAGAACUCACCAAUAUGUCAAAGUCCAAGCAAAUUAUACUACGUGUGCAAUCUGCAGAAGGAACAAAGCGAAUCGAGACAUAUCCUUCUGACACAAUCUCUCAGCUUUUUGAAAAGAUUCAUGAUGCAUUCGACUUACGAAGUUUUGGAUUUGGCCUUUAUAAACAACGCAAUCAGAAAGAUGAACUUAUAUCAUCUUGCAGUAAAACUAUUCAAAGUGCAGGUCUAAAACAUGGAGAUAUGUUAUAUUUGGCACCUGUGAAUGGUGCAGUUAUUUGGGAUACCCCAUCAAUCAGUAGUGCCUCCAAUAAUGUAUCCUCAGAACCAAUGGAUAUUACUCCAAGCACUAGUAAAGGACCUCCAGGACAGCCAAUUAUGAAUAACUCUGCACGACCAUUAUCAACUCCCGUAGAAGAUGAGGUAGAUCAGCAACUGUGGAAAUUAAAUGGAAAAAUACAGAGAAAACGUGACGAAAAAUUUUGUCGACAUGGAGCUAAUGCUUGUUGUGUGCAUUGUUCACCAUUAGAACCUUUUGAUGAGGCUUAUCUAAAAGCUCAAAACAUAAAACACAUGUCUUUCCAUUCUUACCUUAGAAAACUUACAGCUGGUGUAGAUAGAGGAAAAUUUUUGCAGUUAGAAGAUAUAAGUUGUCGUAUUAAAACUGGUUGUAAGGAUCAUCCACCAUGGCCUAAGGGAAUAUGUAGUAAAUGUCAGCCUAACGCUAUAACUCUAAACCGACAAACUUAUAGACACGUUGAUAACGUAGUUUUCGAAAAUGCUCAUCUCGUCGAAAGGUUUCUCAAUUAUUGGCGCAUAACAGGUCAUCAGCGCAUUGGCUAUUUAUAUGGUAGAUAUGAAAUCCACUCAGAUGUACCUUUAGGCAUUAAAACGGUUGUAGCUGCUAUUUACGAGCCACCACAGGAAAGUACGAAAGAUUCUAUAGUUCUGUUGCCAGAUGAAAAAGAAGCUAUUGUAGAUGAAUUAGCUCAGUUUUUAAAUUUGAAAAAGGUAGGAUGGAUUUUUACCGAUCUCAUUGCUGAUGACGUUAAGAAAGGCACAGUAAAACAUGUCAGAAAUAUUGAAAGCCACUUUUUGUCUGCACAAGAAUGUAUUAUGGCUGGUCAUAUACAAAAUAAAAUACCUAAUCCUUGUCGCUUUUCGCCGUCUGGUUAUUUUGGCUCAAAAUUAGUAACCAUUUGCGUCACUGGUGACGACAAAAAUCAAGUUCAUAUGGAAGGAUAUCAAGUAACUAAUCAGUGCAUGGCGUUGGUUAGAGAUGGAUGUCUAGUGCCAACAAAGGAUGCACCAGAACUAGGCUACGUUAUUGAAUCAUCAGAUAAGCAGUAUGUUCCAGAUGUGUACUAUAAGGAAAAAGAUUCGUAUGGCAACGAAGUUUCAAGAUUGGCUAGACCACUGCCGGUUGAGUACUUAUUAGUGGACGUUCCUGCGUCCACACCAUUAACGCCUCAAUUUACCUUCUUUGCCAAUGACAACAUUACUCCAUUCCCUGUUGAAAACAGGUUGAUUGAUGGACAAGUUCAAGAAUUCAGUUCCUUGUGCACUUACAUGCAACAAUUUAGUCCCGAUCAGUUCCUUGAGGCAAUGUCAGAUUUCCAUCUUCUUAUAUUUAUUGCUUGCAUGGAAAUGCUCCCUCUCAAGGAUCAUAUGGACCCACUAUUUGAAGCUAUUUGUACUAAGGAUCGCCAAAAAGCUGCCAGCUGGUCUUGUUCUGAACAUUGGGCAACGGUUGAACAACUUAUAUCUGCAACAUCAUCUGCUGGUCCAUCCAGUCGCAGUACAAUGUUUGGAAAUGAUUCAUCAGGUUUAACAUCUAGAGGUGUAGGAACUAGUAGCACCAGAAGUGUACCAUCAGAUGAUUCUAGAGCUGAACAAACUUUGUGGACAUGCUCACACUGCACUUUUCUCAAUCCUGCUGAUAUUAGCACAUGUGAUAUGUGUAGUUUGCCGAGAAUGACGAUGUGAAUUUUCAAUAAGAUAAAGUCAAGGAAACAAAGCUUACAGCUGCAUAGAAAUAUAUAAGCAUCCAAUGACUGAUUACUAUAACUAGCCAUUCAGCGUUCUUAUUGAAAUUUUUAAUAAUAAAAAAGAAAAACAUGAAGAAAUAAAACUGUGAUAUGAGAAGAAAGAAAGGCAUCAUAUGGAUUCAAC